AUGGCCACGAUGAGUAAAAAUUCUUCAGCCAAAGCGACAGAGAUUAGAUGUCGAUCAAUGCCAAAUCUGAAGUUUAACUUCACCAGUGAUAUACGGAAACCGGAAUUGUCAGCACAUCAUUCCAAGGGUUUGCUGGACGGCAGGCUCUGUGUAUCUGCGCCAAAUAUCCCCGUAUAUCCAAAUUUAGCUGGUGAGGCAGCUGCAGAUAUUGGGUGUCAAUCGACGCCAAAUUUGAAGUUUAGCUUCACCAAUGAUAUACAAAGACCGGAAUCGUCGAAAAAUUGUGAUUUCAUGAGUUUGCUGGACGGCAGGCUCUGUGCAUCUACGCCGAAUAUCUCCGUACGUCCAAAAUUACCUGGCGAGACUGCUGCAGAUAUUGUUUCCACCACGCUGACUUUAAGUAGUUGGCGCGGAACGGCCCUCCAAUUUUGGGGGUUGAGCGUCGGGUCAACAACCCGUCCUCGUGAAAAACACUCAGUUAAGAAACCAUCAAAAAAGCCUCGGAACUGGAUUGAAAAUGGCAAACAACUGGAAUCGGAAAAUGGGCUACGUAUAGGAACUUGGAACGUCAAAACACUAAACAAACCUGGAGCAUUGCAAUAUGUACUCGACGCUUAUAAUAACUAUACAAUUGACAUAUUAGCAGUACAAGAGAUAAGGUGGCCAAAUAGUGGAAACCUAAAGAAAGACAAUAUAACAAUAUUCUACAGUGGCACUACUAGUGGAAGACAUGAAAAUGGAGUAGGUUUUAUAGUACACGACAAGACACUACCAAAUGUUAAGACCUUUUCAGCCUUUAAUGAUAGAAUUUGCUAUAUCCGUAUAGCGGGAAAGAUAUUUGACCUAAUUAUCAUAAAUUGUUAUGCCCCAACAGAGGAAAAAGAUGAAGACAUAAAGGACAAAUUCUAUGAAGAACUAGAAAGGGUAUAUGACACUUUACCGUUGCACUGUAUAAAGAUAGUAGUAGGUGAUAUGAACGCGAAGGUUGGAAGGGAACAUAUAUAUAGACCGGUCAUAGGACCUAACAGUUUACACGAAACCAGUAACGGAAAUGGGACCAGACUGAUAAAUUUUGCACAUUCAAAAAACUGUAUAAUAAGCAGUACAUAUUUCCCCAGAAAAAAUAUACACAAAGUCACUUGGAAAUCCCCUGAUGGAAGAACAUUUAAUCAAAUUGACCACAUACUUAUCGACAGGAGAUUUAGGGGAUGCAUAAGGAAUGUGAGAACGUAUAGAGGAGCUGAUGCAGACUCAGAUCACUACCUAGUGUAUGCGAAAUUUAACCUGAGACUGGCAACAAAAUGGAACUUGGAAAAAAGGAAACCUACAAUAAAGUACGACAUUCAAAAAUUAAAUGAUAUUGAAAUAAAUCAUAAUUAUAUUGAGAGAAUUGCACAUGAAUUACAAUAUAACAAUAUAAAUCAGGUAAACCAUAGUUCAGAAAUUGAUACGAUGUGGAACAGAACAAAGGGAGCGGUGGUUAAUAGUGCAACGGAGAUUCUAGGAAUUAAACUAAAAGAAAGGAAUAAAAACUGGUUCAACGAUUUAUGUAAGAAUGCAAUUAUCAGAAGAAACGAAUUGAGGAAAAAAGCACUACAAAAUACAUCAGACGAGUGCUUAAGAGAAUAUGAAGAACAAAGAAAAUUGACAAAUAAAGUGUUAAGGAGAGAAAAACGUCUAAACGAAAAGAAGAAAAUAGAAGAAAUAGAAAACAAUAGAUAUAACGCAAAAAAGUUUUUCAAAAUGACCGGGGAAGUAAAAGUUGGCUUUAAACCACAAACAAGGAUCUUAGUGGACGGUACGGGAACUAUGAUCACUGAAGAAAGACAAGUAAUUAGCCAAUUCAAGGAACAUUUUGAAGACCUCCUGAACCGACCCUCAGUAGGGCAGGGUUUAAAUCCAAGCGAGGACUGCCUAACAGCAGAAAUAGAUAUAGAGGCUCCCAAAUAUGAAGAAAUUGAGAACUUGAUUAAGAAGCUUAAAAACAACAAAGCCCCAGGAGAAGACAGCAUAGUAGCGGAAUUACUUAAAAAAGGUGGUACAAUGUUGGUGAGCAAAAUCACAGAAAUUAUUAAGACAAUAUGGAAAACUGAGACAAUCCCAGAAGAAUGGAAAACUGCAAUUAUAUGCCCAAUAUUUAAAAAAGGCAACCCCACUAAAACUGAGAACUAUAGAGGAAUUUCGCUACUAGACACAUGCUAUAAAAUUCUGACAACGCUGAUAUUAGAAAGGUUAAACCCGUAUGUUGAAGAAAUAGUUGGGAAUUACCAAUGCGGGUUUAGGAGAGGAAAAUCCACAACAGACCAUGUUUUUGCGUUAAGACAGAUAAUGUCAAAAUACUAUGAAUUUGGAAAGGACCUGCAUCUAGUCUUUGUGGAUUACAAGCAGGCGUAUGAUAGCGUAGACAGAGAAGAGAUUUGGAAAACAUUGGUAAUUUUAGGAAUACCCAAAAAGUAUGUGAACCUAAUAAAAGCAUGA